UCCACCCCUUUAUAGUACAAGGAGGUCUGUACUGUGCAUGUAUCUUUUUCUGUCUUUCUUUCUUCAUCUCACAAACACACACAAAAACACAUUCUCUUCUGUAUGAAAUUUAUCUCAUACACCCAGCUGUGCAUGUCUGAGUUUUCUGGAUGACAGGUGGACUGGAUGAGAUCAUGAACUGCGUACUCUUGGGUUAUUUUCUGCUGCUGUGGGUGAACCUCUCGGUCACGGCUGAUUAUAAAGUUCAACAGAACCCCAGGUUUUAUGGCGUCAAAGUAGGAAAGAAGGUGGGAUUUACCUGCUCUGCGUCGGAUCUCACCCUUGAGAAGUCAACAGUAAAGUGGUAUAAGAUCAAAAAAUAUGAAGAGGACAAACUGUACAGUGGCCUCAAUAAUACAUUUCAGGAUCCCAGAGUUAAAGAGAAUACAGGCAAAAUGCAGUGGCAAUUAGUCUUUAAUAUGGUUGAAGUAAAAGACAGCGGCAUUUACUACUGCAAGAUAAACGACCAAUGGGGGCCGGGAUCAGAGCUCCAAGUGAUCAGAGGAAACAAACCGGAAGUGAUUGAAUGGAGGAACUACAGGAAAGACAUCAUUAUUAUCCUCCAGGGUUUUCUCCUCGUAUUGUGUAUAAUCCUUCCCAGAGUCUGGUAUUACAGACUGGAGCAAAAAGAGGAGGCCAUAUAUGAAGAGCCUGAACAUGAUCACACAUAUGAGGGUUUGGAGAUCGAGCAUUGCGGAGACCUCUAUGAAGACCUAACUGCAUUUUCUCAAAACCCUGAUACCGAGGCAUCCUGGGAGAUUGAGUGCCCAGAACAGGAGUGAUGCAGAGAAUCACAUACAUGAUUCUAUUGGAAAAACAUUUUGUGAGGAUCAAAAUAUAAGUAUUACAUUACAGCAAUAUAUACUGUAUGCAAUAUAUAUAUAUAUAUAUAUAUAUAUAUAUAUAUAUAUAUAUAUAUAUAUAUAUAUAUAUACACAAAGUAUUUUUUUUUUGUUCACAAACCUGUACUAUGCUUAAUAUUUCUUUUCCACCUUCUCUAAAUAACAGUGUAUAUAAUAUAAUCAGCCUUGUACUUCCUUACCUUUGUAUUCUUUUCUUGAAUUAAACAGUAAGACAUGCUUCUUUUAAUUUCCUAAUUUUUCAUUUGAUGGUGCUGUGUAUAUGAAAACUGAAAUUCUUUUUUUCAACUUUUUUGUCAUUUUAAUGGAAAUGGAAAGGACCUGAGAUAUGAGAGUUGUUUCACCAGAAUAAAGACAUGUGGCUGUGUGUA